GUCGCCUCUUCCUCAAGAUGGCGGCGCCCAAGCGCGGCGUGGCUGGGGGUAAGAUGAAGCGGUUAGUGGCUGCCCGCUCUCGCCGUGGUGGGAAGCUGGACAGGCUGCGGCAGGCGGUGCAAGACUUUGUGCAGAAAGCCGGCGACCAACCGCCUUUGCCCGUGGUGAAGGACUCUGAGAGGCAGAACCGUAGGAGCCGCCGGGAAGCAAGGAAGGAGAAGCGCAAGCUCAAGCGGAGCCGCCGCCGCCGCCUCCAACGCGGAGAACCGGUGGAGAUUCCCGUCGCCCCGGCCAAGCCGGCUCUUUCCAAGGCGGCUCCUUUAAAGCCAGCUCCUUCCAAGCCGGUUCCUGCUGCCCGUCCCAGAGCACCGGCCUCACCCGCCGCCGCUGUCGGAAAGCAGCGGCCGGGGCCGCCGCGGCAGCAAGAGGCGGCGCAGGCGGCGGUGCCAGCACCGACACCCCGCAAGGUCCCGGCCGCCGCAACCACCUCGGCGCGGAAGCGGGCCCUGUUGGAGGCCAACGAGGAAGAAGACAAGGAGAUCCGGCGCCUGGAGCGGCUGCUAGGGCUUGGCAAGCGCCGCAAGAAGCAGGAGGGGGCAGCGGCGGAGAAGGUGCCUCAGAGCUUGAUGCGGGACGGGCUGGGCUACGUGCUGGGCGCCCUGGGCUCCCGGGCCGGCCUCAGCAAGCUGUGCGAGAGCAGCGACGACGAGGAGGAACCGCCGGGGCCGCAGGAGAGACAGCCGGGGCCGGGCGGGGAGGACGAAGAGCAACCGGAGGAGGAUGAGGGGGAUCCGGAGAAUGCCUCCGACCUCUCCGAGUGGGAGGAUGUGGAAGGACAGGGCGAGCUAGAAAGCUCUUCGUCAUCCACCGAGGACGACGGGGUGCCAGAGGCCAGCGAGCCCCCAGGCGAGGAGGAGAGUCAUAAUCACAGUGCUAUGAAGUAUGUUCCCCCUCAAGUAAGGAGAGCUCAGGAGACACUAGAUGACAAGAAAAGAGAAGAAUUGGGAAGACUGAAGAAAAUAGUGAAUGGUCUUAUUAAUAGGUUGAGUGAACCGAAUUUGGCCUCCAUUAGCGGACAAAUGGAAGAGCUCUACAUGGCCAACAGCAGAAAGGACAUGAAUGAGACUCUGACAGAUAUUCUCCUGAAUGCUUGUGUUACUGCAGUUGCCAUGCCUGCAAGAUUGAUAAUGGAGCAUGUCCUUUUAGUCAGCGUUCUUCAUCAUAAUGUAGGAAUUGAGGUUGGUGCUCACUUUUUGGAAGCUGUGGUGAAGAAAUUUGAUGAACUCUCUAAAAGUGAUGCUGAGGGGAAAGAAUGUGAAAACCUGCUUGCCUUGAUUGCUCAUCUGUAUAAUUUCCAUGUGGUUCAUUGCCUGCUGAUCUUUGAUAUUCUGAAAAAGCUUAUUAGCGCUUUCACUGAAAAAGAGAUUGAGUUGAUUUUGUUUCUUCUGAAAAACGUGGGCUUUUCGUUAAGAAAAGAUGAUGCAUUGGCUUUGAAGGAACUGAUCACUGAAGCCCAGAGGAAAGCAAACACAGCAGAGAAGAAACUCCAGGAUCAGACUAGGGUUCGGUUUAUGCUAGAGACUAUGUUGGCCCUAAGGAAUAAUGACAUGCGUAAGAUUCCUGGUUAUGAUCCUGAACCGGUUGAAAAACUCCGCAAAUUGCAGAGAACACUGGUUCACAAAAGUGGCUCUGGAAAAGAAACUGAGCUCCGUGUCUCCCUGGAAUCUCUCCUCAGUGCUGAUCGGGUUGGUCGCUGGUGGAUAGUUGGGUCAUCCUGGAGUGGAGCACCAAUGAUUAAUGAUACAAAUAGCAAGACUCAGCAGAAACUGCAUAUAGGAAAGGUGAGUUCAAAGAUAAUGGAGCUUGCUCGUAAGCAGAGAAUGAACACCGAUAUCAGGAGAAGUAUUUUUUGUGUCUUGAUGACAAGUGAAGACUACCUGGAUGCAUUUGAAAAGCUUCUCAAGCUUGGACUGAAAGAUCAGCAGGAGAGAGAAAUCGUUCAUGUUGCACUUCACUGCUGCUUACAAGAGAAGACAUAUAACCCCUUUUAUGCAUUUUUGGCUAACAAGUUUUGUGAAUAUCAAAGACGGUUUCAGGUGACAUUUCAAUUUAGUAUUUGGGACAAAAUCAAAGACUUAGAAAACCUGUCAGCUGCUGCCAUCUCCAACUUGGUUUCGCUGUUGGUUCAUUUAUUAAGGACAAAAUCAUUGUCACUUUCAGUUCUCAAGGUAAUUGAAUUCAGCGAACUAGAUAAACCCAAAGUCCGUUUCUUGCGACAAGUAUUAAGCAUGCUGUUAAUCAAAACAGAUGCUGAAGACCUUUGUGACAUUUUUGUGAGGGUAUCUGACAACCCCAAACUGGGAAUGCUACGGGAAGGCUUGAAACUCUUCCUUACCCACUUCUUACUGAAAAAUGUACAGGCCAAAAAAAGUGCUGAAGAAGCUAGCUUAUUAAGAGAAAGAGUUGAACUAGCAACCAAGGCUUUGCAAGCAAAAGAAUCCAAAUUGAGGUUGUAGUUCUGUUUUUCUAAUAAAACUCAUGGAGAAACU